CCUCAGCCCCGGGCGUGGCCGGGCCCGGCGGGGAGGAGCGGGACUGGCGGCCCGCAGGUGUCCGCAGCUUGGCGCCGCGGAUGGGCCAGCGCCGCCCGCGUUACUCUCCGUCACCUCCCGGGCGCUGCCGGCCGCGGGUACCGCUGUCCUGCCGCCGCCGGAGGGCUGCGGCCUCGCUCCUCGCACGGGGCCCAGGAGCAGUGCAGCUGCCAUCCCGUUACCCUGUGUGGUGCUGCCGAGCAGUCUCUGCAAACCUGGGAGCGACUUGUCAGCACGUCCCUGCCUUUUCAGGAGAGGACCCAGCAAAGCUCCCAGAGCAACAUCAGCCUGCGCUAGGAAUUCAGUGACUGUCACAUGAGUUCCUCGAGGACAAUGGACCCUAAGGUGCGAGAGACUGAAGGAUAUGGAGAAGACAACUCAGGAAAGAAAAAAUCAAAAUUCAAAUCAUUCAAAAAGUUUUUUGGUAAAAAGAAAAGGAAAGAAACUUCUUCAGGGAGCAGCAAUCUGAAGCUAUUCCAGUCAACAAGUGAUGUGGCGGCCUCACAUGACAUGCAUGCUAGUUAUGAUUCUGAAGAUGAACACGAGGCCCACAAGGGCAUUAUGGGAAGCAGAGCUUUGUCACAUGACAGCAUUUUCAUCCCUGAAAUUGGGCAAGAGUCUGCAAGGCCAGUAAGAGUAUUUUCUCAAGAAAAUGUUUCUGAUCGAAUUAGAGCUCUACAGAUGAAACUCCAGCCUACCAUGAAACUGGGACCUCCACCUCCGUUUGGGUAUCAUGCAAAGCGGGCAGAUGAUGCUGGGACCAGUUCUGAGGAUGAUGGAUUACCGAGGAGCCCUCCAGAAAUGUCUUUGUUCCAGGAAAUCCUAAGUUCAGGCACAACAAUGAGAUUCUCUGACUCUCACAAGCACCUUAGCUCUUUGAGUUUAGCUGGAACAGGCAGUGAAGAAGAAGAACAGGUUACAUUGGGUCCUCAUUCUAGAUCUCGCUCUACAGAUGGUCAGCUGUACCCCCGGCAUGGAAGUGCUAAAACGAAAGCUUCCCAGGACUCUGACAGUAGCAUUUCACCUGCAGCCAAUUUUGAAACUCCACCUGAGCUGUCCUCUUGCUUAGAUAACUCUGCUGCUAAACACAAGCUUUUAAUAAAGCCCCGGAACCAGAGAUCCAGUAAAAUGAGAAGAUUUUCUCAGAGGACCCAGUCUGAGUCUCUGACUGAUUUGAGCUGUACACCAGAAGAAGAGGAGGAUGAUGAAAAGGAGAUGCAUGCGGACUUGCCAGAUGCUGUAUUCAAAACCAGCGAUCAAGAACUGCCAUGCGGCACAUCUGCAGCGCAGGACGUGGCUUCCUGGCAGAAGCCCAGAAUGCCUGAGGACCUUUCCCCUGCUCUGAGACUGGCAGUGACUCAACCCACUUCUGAGUCUGCUGUUGCACAGGAAGCUUUGCUACCAGAGAAUGAACCAAAGGGCUGCCAGCUAAUGCUGGAUACAUGCGUGAAGUCUGAGUGCUCGCUGCUGUUAGAAGGCAAAGGCUCCACAACUUCUCUGCACUCUGGUCCAGAUGGAGAAGUACAAAAGCCAAAAGAUUCCUCAGGAACACUGGUUCUGUUGUCUGGGGAUGUGAGUAGUGAUGUGUCAACUAGUACUUUAAAGAAGGGAAAUAAGGAGCUUCCUUCUGCGUUUUCAGCACAUGAAAUACCAUCUGAAGAAGAUAUUUCAAUUAGUAAGAAUGGUAGUAUUUGCUUGGGAGGGUUAGUAGAAAACAUACAGAGCAAUGAUCAGGUACCUGUGGAAAUGUCCUGUAACAAAGAGUCAAAGAAAGGGGCUGCUAUAUUGUCAGAGUCUAGCAAGCAGUUUUUCAUAGGUUCUUUCCAGCCCACGGAUUCAUUCCAUGUUUCACAUCCCUCUUCUUCAGCUCAGGUAGGAUCAUAUGCUUCCCAGUCUCUAGAGAAAACAAAGACUGUACAAGAAGCGUCUGCUUCUGAUAAAGAGAACAGUCAGACAGUAGUCCAUAAAGAAGAAAUUUGGGGGAAGAAAAAUGAAAAAGCAGCCAAUGAACUGAAUGCCUUGAGAAAGUUCUCUGUCUCCUCUGCGCGGGAAAGGCCAAGAACCAAAAGCCUACACUUCCCAGAAGGUUCAGUGUGUGAAAAUCCAUUAAAUACCAGGUUCCUGUCCAAUGUGAACGUCUCCUUGAAAAAUGAGAAGUUGAGUGAAGAUUUGCAGAAGGGAUCAGAUCUGGAAGACAGAAGAAGUAGCAACAAAAACCAAGCUUUGCUGCCAGAAUCUGACUCUGAGAACAUGGGCCAGUCUAUGGAAAUUUUGGCAGUCUGUGGUUCUCCAGCUGUCGAUGCAGUUCCGGUGCAAAGUGAUUCUUCUGUGCUAUCUCAGAAUCAGGAAAGCUGUGAAGAUAAAAAUCCUUUUCAAGUAAAACUUAGAUCCACGUCACUGUCCUUGAAAUGUAGAGACCACUUGUCAUCUGAAUCAAAAGGAAUUAAAAGAUACAGUGCAGAAUUUAAUUUAGAAAAUGAGGGAUUGACUUUAUUUCUCAAAGGUGAUAAGGCAGAGAUCAAAAAAACAGCCGAUACAAAUGUUGAUGGUUCUUUAAAUGAAAAGAUCAAAUCCAAAGCAAAGUCCUCUGAACAGCUUAGUAGCAAACCUCCAUUGCCUAAAAAGCCAGUCUUGCAAAACAUAACUGUUCCAAAUAUUAAUGCAAGCAAGGAGAAGCAGGACAAAACUAUUCAUGCUCCUGAAUCCAGAAAUGAAGAUAGAGACGUGCAGAAAAGGCCAAAUCCUAGUAAAGUGCCCGAGAGGAGUGUGUCUUUGGUGAUUGCUGGAGACUCCAGAAGGGAGCCUGACAGUCCCACAGAGCCAGCCUGGAUCACCAUCGCAAGGCAGAAACAGUGGGGCACGCAGCAGGAGCACGAGCUUGAUGGAGAGAAACCUCUCACUCCGGAUGCUAAAUCAGAUACAGAGAAACAGAGCAAAGAGAAGGAAAGAACAGAGGGGUCAGUGAAGCAGCAAUGGAGCAAACCUUCACACUUGGCACCUAAAACCACUUCUGAAGAACAGAGAAAGGAGUCAAAGUCUGAAGCAAAAGAGCCGCCGUCAAGAACUGAUUCACUGUCACAUUUUGUCUCUGUAGCUCAGUCACCAGCACCGGGGGAUAAAGACGAAAUCAGUCACUUUAAGAAAGCCAGGACUGCUGCUCCAGACCAGCCGUCAUGGAUGGAACUUGCCAAAAAGAAAUCUCAAGCUUGGAGUGAUAUGCCCCAGAUUAUAAAAUAGAAUUAAGCAAGUGAAUAAUAUCAUUUAUUAAUAAGUCAGCUACUUAAUUGAACUUCUACAGACCAACUAGGCACAGUGAAGAAUCUCUGAUACAGGAGAAGGCUCUUACUAUACAGCUGCGGAGAAAGCGUGCAAUAGGUGCAGUCGAAAAGUUUACCUUAAGCAAUUGUAGCAAUCAGGAUUGCAAUGGCAGUGGGCUACUUAAAUUAUGCUAAGAGCAUUCUUACACUUUGGAAAACAAAAUUUCUGCCUUAUGUAUUUCCUGUUUUUCCUUCCUUUAAGGACGUUUGCAUCAAAAGAGGAUCUUUGCUAAACUUUGCUGAGUUUCAGUUGUUGCUGUUCUGUUUGAUAUUUUUUUUCCUCUGUUUACAUUUAUAAACUGUGCACUAACAUCCUGGUUCUGUUGAUGUGUGCGACUGGAAUUGCCUGACGCUUCUUAUAUCAAACUGUAGAAGUUUUUAUGAAUAGCUUCCAGCGAGUACUCCACUAAAAUGUGCUGCUUGGGCUCAGUGUUUGCUGAGCUGAACCAAGUGGUCCAGUCUCUGAUUUUAGGUUACAUUUCAUGAGCCACGGCAAAUUUAUGCAUGACCAUGAAUAAAAAUUCCUCAGGUCCUUUUGUGAGCAGCCUUGGUUGUGUGAUAUUUGCUAGAAGAUGAGCAAUAAGGAAACUGGACUGAAGUUGGAAGUUCAUCACUUUUCUGCCUGAAUUUAUCUGGUUGCAACUAUCUUCUCUAUGUUAAAUCAUCAUUCUCAAUCAAGAGCAUAGUGUUAGCAGCAGUGGACAAUUUUGCAAGCUAACAGUAAAUCCAACUGGGGAAUUUCCUGGAAACGUAAUGCCCAGGAAUUAGUGCUAAGGAAACUUAGCAGUGGCUAAGGCAAACAUUUCUCUCUGUGUAUGUUUGUAUGUGUGAAAUAUUGCCUUAACAGUGCACUCCCUAGGUUUAUUUAUGUAUAUAUUUGUGAUUUUGUUUUUCUUUGCUGUAGGACCAGCAGAAGAAAUAGUUAGGUUUUUCAGGUAUUAUAAAAAAGAUUUUAACUCCCUCUGUAGUAAUUUUUUAGCAUACAGCAUUGUUUUAAUAUAUAUUGUUACUGUGCGUAGCAAUCUUGAAAAAAUGGUUUCUGUAUUAAAGGAGUAUAAUACAGAAAAAAAAGGACCAAAUCUGUAUUCUCUAGUUACUGCUGUGUCCCUACCCAUACCCUGUGCAAAGAGGAUGACGUUUUCAGGAAAUGCAGUGAAAAAUGCAGUCUGUCUCCUUGCAGUCCUUGUUUAAAAUGAUUAAAUCUGCUGAAUCGUGACUGAAUUUUUGGAGCAUGACCUGUGCAGCUGCAUGGGGAAGCAUGGGGACCCAUUGGACCAUCUCCUGUUUUGACAGACGGGCACUCAGGAAUACCAGCGAAGCAAGAUGGAGGCCUGCUGGCAAGACCUGUGCAGUCCCAAGGGAAACAGCCACCGGGUGCCUCGCUCCCUGUGUGGUGUUUCAGCUCUGAUCUGGAGACAGGAAGCACCAAAGGUCUAGAUGAUUUCAGGGUGCAGCUCGAUGAACUGGUAGAAGAUGAAACCCAACAGGAGUUGCUCAGUAUGAAAGCCAGGGUCUUGGCGUGGGUUGUUGUCACUGGCCUUGGCCUGUGCUGUUGCCACGGGCCUUGGGAGGUGGCAGUUGGAGGACUCCUCUCCGGCACAGCAUCCUGGAGGACUCCUCUUCGGCACAGCGUCCUGCCACAGGCACCAGCCUUUGUGGAAGAUCCUGGGCUCUCUGGACCUCUCACCUGACGGACUUCUGUUUUCUCACGGCAUCGCUCUGCACACAUUUUUUCAUGCUAAGUCAGAGGGCCCUGAUACUGUCCUGAUGCAGCUGUGCUGUCAACAGGUAUGUAGAUUUGGAGCCUGUGUAUUUUGCUUUGGGCAAAUGGCUUGUUUGUGGCCAAAUACAAACAUACUUUACUUCUCUGUGUGAAAAGUGAUUUAUAGUUAACACUUCAUACCACUGGAAAAGCCUUUCAGAUCUGAUUCGCUUUCCUGAGGAUGUCACUGUGCCUUUCCAGCUGAGAAGCAGUGUGACUGACUUAGGCUGAUCCAUUUUGCUCAGGCAGCUGCAAUAUACAUGGUUGGUAUAGAACUUCUAACACUGACAUAACUUCUAAAAAUUCACCCGUUGUUCAUAACUCAAGCACAUCAGCUCUCACAGUCUGAAUUACAGUCAAGGAACACCAGCAAGAUGGAUUUGAAAACAGAAUCGUUUCCUCGCCCAGAAGUGCUUUGUGAUGGAUCUUUGGCUUUCUGUUCAAGGUGCAAGGUGACACUCUGCAAUCAGUUGUUGUCCCUGGCGGUGAAGUACUGCGUGCAAUGCAAAUGCAGUGUGGGCCGUGCCUCUUUCUGUGCAAAAAACGUAGAUUUGGCGACUUACCCAAUUUACAAGUUGAAUUAUCAUAAUUAACUACCUCUGGAGCUCAGUAACUUGCAGUAAAAAAUUACGACUAAAUGAUUUUUAAUGUACUGCAAACCAUAAUAAAUUUUUAAGGCCAAAAUAGCCCUCCGGCCUUUACUUUGA